UUUAUCUUUAUAUCACUGUCUUACAGAUCUGUCUUUAUAUCACACUCUCUUACUUCUGGCUAUACAUCAGUGAAUCAAUCACUUUUUGAAUCUGUGGAUGAGUUUGUGGGAAAUAAGUUUGGCACCAUGAUUCUACGGCUAAACAAAGUGAUGACGGAGCAGUUCCCUCAAAUUGCUACAAAAGUGAACUCUCUACAACCAGAUGAUCUACCUGACAAGCUGAAAUCUGCUGUCACUGAUGACGGAAACCGUGAUCUGAAGAUAAUGCAGGUGUCAUUAGAUCUUCUCUCAGAGAAUAUCAAAAAAUAUUUUGAUAAUGCCUUACAACAACUUUGGCCCUUUAUGCCACCAAUCAUUGUACCAGACAUGAUGUUUGAAAAGAACCCCUUCAUCCCCAAAUUGUGCCAAGCAGACCUUUUGUUGACUGCUUUGAAUUAUGCCAUCGAAUGCAGUGAGUUUCGCUAUGCUUCUGCCCUUGCAUUCGUGGUUGAUCGAUUCAUGUACUGGUACGGUGGUUCUGAGGUGUUGUUGAAGAUUAUUGAUCACAUAUUGGUACUGAGUCCCUCAACAGUCAUUGCUCCACAGUUAACCAUCCGGCGUGCCCGUAUCAUGAAGGAUAAUGGUAAUCUCCAUGGUGCCAUAGAAGUCCUUGAUGGCCUUAUUGAUUCGAAAGCUGCCAAUGAAGAUGGCCAGUGGCACUACAGAACUGAGUUUCAGUAUAUAAAUGUUUAUGCAGUCUGUGUGCAGAUCAAAGGACAGAUUUAUAAAAACUUAGGUUUGUGGAAAGAAGCUGUUCCUCUCUUGUUGAAAUCAGUUGAAGAAUUUGAGAAACUCCCUGAUAAGGAUCUGAAAGGCAUAUCAUACUCUUAUGGCUUACUCUCUCAUUGUUUGUGUAAACUCAGCCAUAAGGAGUAUUUGGAACUUCAGAACAUUUAUGUAUUUCAGAGAGACCAUCCUUGCUAUGAGGCAUUUGAGUAUGGCAUGAAGGCAGCUGAAUUAUCACCAAAACAGAGUUUGUUUUUUGCAAGACAUUGUCUCCAGUCAAGUGAAAGUCUAUUGAUGUAUGCAGUUCAGGUAACUGAUUUGACUCAGCGGAAGAAAAUAUUGGCUGAUGUUAUUGUGUAUCUGCAAAAAGUUAUUUUUGAAAACAACAUUGCAGAGAUUUCAAAGAGUAAGGAGCAAUUGUUCAUCUUUAUAAAAGGAAUUUAUGUGAUGGCUCUUGUCCUUGGCUGCUCCAAUACAUCUGCAGAUCAAUAUUUUGGUGAUUAUUUGGAGAAGGCUUGCCUCUACUUAUACAGGAAAUAUUCUCUAUUAGGAAUCGAUGGAUUGGAAAGUAAAAGAGGUGGAGACAUUUUCAAAGAGAUGCUACCAGCAAUUAAGAUUCUCUUUAUUACUCUUAAAGAACCAACCAUAGAAAGACAAGCAUAUUUCAUUACUAGUUUUGAUUCUAUGAAAACUUCUAAAAUAGAAGAAAUGGAGGACAAUAUACAUAAUGGUUGUAGUUUGAAUAAAGAAUAUGAGAAAACCAGGAAGGAACGAGAAGAGAAUUACAAACAGUCUUCGUAUGAAAGCAAGCUUAUUGCCACUUUACAAAAUGAGGAUAGAAAUUCAAAAGAAGCUAAACAAAGAGUUUCUCCUGUUGAUAUUUCAGAGGACUCUGGGAUAGUUUUAAGUGAAGAGAGGGUAAACAAGUGUAUGGUAGACACUAAUGUAGUAACUGAGGUGAGACAGGACAGCUGUAGGAUAGACUGUGAUACAGUAACUAAAGAAAGAUGUCCUGAAUGUAUGGCAGACCCUAAUGCAGUAACUAAAGAAAGAGAUCCUGAAUGUAUGGCAGACCCUAAUGCAGUAACUAAAGAAAGAGAUCCUGAAUGUAUGGCAGACCCUAAUGCAGUAACUAAAGAAAGAGGUCCUGAAUGUAUGGCAGACCCUAAUGCAGUAACUAAAGAAAGAGAUCCUGAAUGUAUGGCAGACCCUAAUGCAGUAACUAAAGAAAGAGAUCCUGAAUGUAUGGCAGACCCUAAUGCAGUAACUAAAGAAAGAGGUCCUGAAUGUAUGGCAGACCCUAAUGCAGUAACUAAAGAUAGGGAUGACAGAUGUGGGGUAGACUGUGAUGCAAUAACUAAAGGGAGAAGUAAUGAAUGUAUGGUAGACAGUAAUGCAGUAAUUCACAAAACAAAAGACAAAUGUACAAAAGACAGCAAUGUUUCUCAUGCAAAUAAAAAACAGAAUCGUAGAAAUGUUGGUUUGCAUUCAGAUCUGUCUGUGAAAGAUUUAUCCAACAUGUGUUUAGUUAAAGUUAACUAUUCAGUAGAGGAAGAAGAUGAUGGAGUAAAUGUUGAGGAUAAGAUUAAUGAUGGUGAUGGGCCUGCUAGAGAAGAGAAAUAUCAGGGGUCUGUGAUUAACAGGAAUGCUGAGAGAACAUUACGUCAUGCUAGACAAAAACAAUAUGAAGAGAGGAAAACGACGAGACAGAAACAACUGGUAUGUAUGCAAAUAUAUUCUUCUGAAAGAGUACACAUUACAUGUACGAGAAUUUACUUAUUUAUUUAAAGCCGAUGAUUCACUCUGUUCAUCAUCAUCAUCAUCAUCAUCAUCAUCGUUUAACGUCCGCUUUCCAUGCUAGCAUGGGUUGGACGAUUUGGCUGAGGACUGGUGAACCAGAUGGCUACACCAGGCUCCAAUCUGAUUUGGCAGAGUUUCUACAGCUGGAUGUCCUUCCUAACACCAACCACUCCGAGAGUGUCAGGCAGUACUGGCAACGGCUAUGCUCAAAAUGGUGUAUUUUACGUGCCACCUGCACAGGAGCCAGUCCAGCGGCACUGGCAACGAUCUCACUCGAAUGACUUUUCACGUGCCAGUAAGGUGACACUGGUAACAAUCAUGCUCGAAUGGUGCUCUUAGCACACCACUGGUACAGGUGCCAUCAAGAUUUCGCUUUCACUUGCCCCAACAGGUCUUCGCAAGCCGAGUUUAGUGUCCAAUGAAGGAGACGUUGGCAUGGCGGUCAGAAUUUCCCAAUUUAUGCAUUUCACCUGGUAGCACCCCCGCCACAUGUAUGUAUGUAUAAUAAUAAUAACAAUAAUAAUAAUCCAUGAAUGGAAUUUAUAAAUAUUUUAAUGCAUUUUUACGCACGUUUCCACAAAUUAUGUAGCGAUGCAUUAAGAUAUUUAUAAAUUCCAUCCAUGGAUUAUUAUUAUUAUUAUUAUUAUUAUUAAGGUGACGAGCUGGCAGAAUCAUUAGUGCACUGGACAAAAUACUUAGUGGUAUUUCGUUCGUCACUAUGUUCUGAGUUCAAAUUCCACCGAGGUCAACUUUAUCUUUCAUCCUUUAGGGGUCGGUAAAAUAAGUACCUGUUGAAAACUGGGGUUGAUGUAAUCAACUCAUUCUCUCCCCCGAAAUUGCUCCCCUUGUGGCAAAAUUUGAAACCGUUACUAUUAUCAUUAUUAUUAUUAUUAUUAUUAUUAUUAUUAUUAUUAUUAUUAUUAUUACUACUACUACAACUACCACUACUAUAUAUAUCCUACAUUAUAUCAGUGCAACCCCAAAAAACUGUUAUUCAUCAUCAUCAUCAUCAUUUAACGUCUGCCUUCCAUGCUAGCAUGGGUUGGACGCU